UUCAAUAUGGCUACCUUCAUAAGGAGAAAGUCUUCGCGGCUUUCCGCAUUGUGCGGAUCAUCUCUGAAGAGCUUUGCGACGUGAUUGACCGAUCGUCUUCAAGAAACUAGAUCAAUAAGAUGGCAAGACACAGAAACUAUAGAAACUAUGCCUAUGAAGACGACAUGUCUGAGGAUGUGUAUGGUCAUUCAGUAGAGGAUUACGACAUAGCAGUAUCACCAAACACUGCUGAGGAAUUCUUGUUCAGACGUAGCAAUAGCCGGGACCCGAAUCUAUCUGCAUAUAUGGCUGACAGAGUUGACUGCGUUGAAGAGGAGGAUGAAGAAGAGUCUGAUGAAGAGCCUCUUGCUACAUCACAAGACUAUAGAAGACCUCAGUUGGAUCCCAGAAGUGAAGAAAAAUUAUUGUCCUGUCUGGAUCAACUGCAGUCUAUUCUUGGAGAGCACUUACAUGAACCCACAGCGGUGACUGCAGUUAUACAGAACAACUUUGACAUAGAGAGAGCAUUGGAUCAAAUUCUUAGUGGUGGGGAAAAACAGGAUGUCAAGGAUGAUUCACAUGGAAGUAAAGACUCUGUUCUAUAUCAAACCCAUUUAGAAAAACAGGUUAAAAUGAAUGAGCGAAAUAUACUGUGCAAACAGCUUGUUACGAAGCACUUGCCCACUGAUAGAAAAAAGAAUCUCAAAACAACACAAGAAACAAAGUCGUUGGUGAAUAAAUCAUGUGCAAUAAAUGUGUCAGGCAUUUCUCCUAUGGCAAUCUCUUUAAACACUUUGGCCCAAGGAUUAUCUGCUGACAGCUUUUCAUCACAUGACAGUGUUUUGCCCAAACCAACUGAAGCUGCAUCUUUGUCUCCAAACUCAAACACAAAAUCAGUUGGUUCUUUAACAUCGGCAGCAGUUGCUCAGUCACACGAAACAAGAGCCAUUGAUGGAUCGGAGAUGCCAGUUCAAAGUGCUCUGUUGUCAGCCCCUCUCAGUAGCUUGUCUCACUUAGGAGGGUCAUUAUCUGUACAACCAGUGACAUCUCUUCUUUCGCUUCCCCUCAGUCAUCUUUCUGGCUUAGGAGGAGCACCAUCUUUGUCAGAGUCACAGAGCACAGAUAAUAACAAGUCCUUCCUGACCUUGGGUAGUCUGUCACUGUUGUCUUCUCAGCAAGCCCCGUUGUCGGCACAGCCAGUGACAUCUUCAUCAUCACCAUCUCUUUUGUCAGUCCCUCUGAGCAGUCUUUCAGGGAAGUUGGGAAUGUCAUCAGUUUCAAAGCCAGUCAAGGAUGGUGCUCACGACCCUCCCUUAACUUUAAACACUUUGUCACAGUUAUCCUCCCAGAAGGGCUCAUUAUCAUCAUCAUCAUCAUCAUCAUCAGGACAAGCAUUGCCAUCGUCUUUAAAUCUUCUUUCAGUUCCUCUCAGCAGUCUUUCAGGCCAAGUAGGAAAAUCAUCUCUGUCAGAGCCAUUGAACAGUGCUUUGCACAAUCCUCCCCUGACUUUGAACAAUUUGCCACAGCUGUCUUCCCAAAAAGGCUCAUUUGGACCUUCUCAUUCUUCGUCAAACAGCUCUCUGCUCUCACCUCUCUGUAGUCACUCUCAGAGAGGAAAUGCACCCAAGGGUCAAACACCCCAAGGAUCUUUACUUAACUCUACAUCCAAAAGCUCUGUGUUUUCCAUGCCCCUUAGCAAGUUAGCUGAGACUUCAAAAUCAGAGUCAGAAUCAGGAAAAGUUAUUACUCAGGGACCUUCAUUGUCAAUGCUACAUGGCAAUUUGUCACAGGUAGGACACUCUUCAGGAAGUGGAAUGGCCACAGCACCCACAAAACUGUCUCAGUCACCGGGCACAAUCCUUUCAUUGAGUUCACUAUCAAAUGUUGGUACUGUAAAUGGAAAUUCUUUGGCUCUCAAGUUGACCGACUUAAAGAUUCAUGGCAAUUCAAGCAGCAUUAGCAAGCAGGAGAAGGAUCAAAAUUACAACCAGACAAUCGAACACAAAUGCUUAAAAACAGCUGUGAUGCCCUUCUUGUCUGACACACCUAUGAACCAAGGACAGUUAAAAUCACUGCAUGGUGAGAAUAACAAACCAAUACAUGUAGCAACCUGUGCAAGUAAAGAUUCUGGGAAAACUUACAACAGCAGAAGCACGAAAAAGCAUGUGGCGGUAGAAGGACAUCAACGUAAAACACAAAAAAGACUGUCUCUAUUGAGAGCAAAACCAACCAUGUUUGCUCUGACAAUGUGCUGUUCAGCUUGUAAAGCAGCAACUGACUCCUCUGCCCAUAAUGUCGCGGCUCAAAGAGUUGUUAAGCAGCUUUACAAUUCAGAUCUCUCUUACAUUGCCCCUUUUGACUUCUCCUGUCCAUCACCAGAUGAUAUUGUGAAGGAAAAGCAAAAGAAGGCAUUUUCAAGGAAGAAAUAACUGUCUAAAGGAUAUCACAAGGGUGAAACUUUUCUUUUUCAACUCAGUUAUCCAAUAUGAAGGAUAAAAAAAUCAACUGUAGAUACCAAAAUGUAUUUUAUUCUCAUAGUUGUCUGCAUGUAUUUUAAUUUGUGUACAUAUGCUGUUCUUUUAAGCAUGUAAUGCUAAAUGUACAUGUUGCAGGUAAUUUUUGUUUUUAGUAAAUUUU